AAACCGCGCAAUGAGUGACAGUGAAUCAGAGGAGCCCAAGCAAACAAAUGAACCCAUUGAAAAUGCUUGGGCCAUGAAAAUACCAGCCUUUAAACCAGAGGAUAAUCCAAAUGGAUUGGUGGAGGAAAGCUCCUUUGCCACGCUAUUCCCCAAAUAUCGUGAGAAGUAUUUAAAAGAAGUAUGGCCCUUGGUGCAACAAACUGUUGCUGAAUAUCAUUUGAAAGCUGAGCUAGAUUUAAUUGAAGGCAGUAUGGUGGUGAAGACAACACGUAAAACCUGGGAUCCUUAUAUUAUCAUCAAGGCACGUGAUAUGAUUAAGCUGAUGGCACGUAGUGUACCCUUUGAACAGGCCAAGCGGGUGCUACAAGAUGAGAUUGGUUGUGACAUCAUUAAAAUCGGCAACUUGGUGAGGAAAAAGGAAAAGUUUGUAAAGAGACGUCAACGUUUAAUUGGUCCCAACGGAGCCACGCUAAAAUCCAUUGAACUUUUAACCGAUUGUUAUGUUUUGGUACAAGGCAACACAGUCUCAGCAUUGGGUCCCUAUAAGGGUUUACAGCAGGUUCGUGAUAUUGUCAUCGAUACCAUGAAUAAUGUCCAUCCCAUUUACAACAUUAAGGCCUUGAUGAUAAAACGGGAACUUAUGAAAGAUCCCAAAUUAGCGAAUGAGGAUUGGUCUCGUUUCUUGCCCAAAUUCAAGAACAAGAAUAUCAGCAAACGUAAACAACCCAAGGUUAAGAAACAAAAGAAGGAAUACACACCAUUCCCACCGGCACAACCUGAAAGUAAAAUCGAUAAACAAUUGGCUUCGGGUGAAUAUUUCCUUAGCAAAGAACAGAAACAACAACGCAAGCAAGAAGAGCGCAAUGCCAAACAAUCCGAGGCAGCGAAGAAACAAGAAGAGAAACGUCAAAAAGAUUUUAUCCCGCCCACAGAAGAUUCACCGGCAAGAAAACGUUCCGCCGAUGGCGAUGACAAUAAGUUGGAUGUUAAGGCGCUUAAAGCCAAGCUGGCCAAAGCCAAUAAGAAGAUGAAAAAGGCGUAGUAGAAUU